UGCUAUAAAAAGGCCGAGCUGCCUACCGGACAGCACUGCACUGCUGACCUGGAGACCCCGCCGUCCAACAUGCAGACUCUCCUCCUCGCAUCUCUGCUCGGGUGCCUCGCCGCCGUGUCCGCGGCCCCAGCGACCAACGUGAGAUGGUGCGUCACCUCGUCCAAAGAACUGGAGAAAUGCGCCGCGCUCGCGGCCGCAGCUCCGGUGUUCUCCUGCGUGAGGAAGACCUCUGCCCUGACCUGCAUCGAGGCAAUUAAGGCUGAUCAGGCAGACGCCGUCACUUUGGACGGAGGGGACAUCUACAUUGCUGGACUGAACAACAAUGGCCUGCAGCCCAUUAUUGCUGAGGACUACGGCAUCUCGGCGUCGGACACCUGUUACUACGGUGUUGCUGUGGUGAAGAAGGGCACUACAUUUGGCCUGAGAGACCUCCAGGGGAAGAAAUCCUGCCACACUGGGUUGAAUAAAUCUGCAGGCUGGAACAUCCCCAUCGGAACCCUGGUGUCCAUGGGUUUGAUUCAGUGGGAAGGCAUUGAAGAUGAAGCUGUUGUCAAGGCUGUGGGCAACUACUUCUCGGCCAGCUGUGUCCCGGGGGCCACAAGGGGCAGCAAUCUGUGCCAACUCUGCAGGGGAGACUGCUCCAAGUCUCACACUGAGCCGUACUACGACUACAGCGGAGCCUUCCAGUGCCUGAAGGACGGCGCUGGAGACGUGGCUUUUGUGAAGCACCUCACUGUACCUGAGUCGGAGAAGGCCAACUACGAGCUGCUGUGCAAAGAUAACACCAGGGCGCCAAUAGACGACUAUGAAAAAUGCCACCUGGCCAGAGCACCAGCCCACGCUGUUGUCAGCCGCAAGGACCAACAGCUGGCUGGAUUAAUCUGGAACAGCCUGACUUCAGUACAGGGCUUUGACCUCUUCUCCUCUGAAGCCUAUGCACCUGGCAAAAACCUGAUGUUCAAAGACUCCACCAAGAAGCUGGUGCAGCUGCCCCCAAACACCGACUCCUUCCUGUAUUUAGGUGCUGGAUAUACCAGCAUCAUCCGUUCCCUUAAGAAAGAGCCAACAGGCACUCAAUCCACUGCCAUUAAAUGGUGUGCCGUGGGCCACGCUGAGACGGUCAAGUGUGACACGUGGAACGGCAACAGUGGUGACGCCGACCCCCAAGUUGAAUGCGAGACUGCCCCUACUGUUGAAGAGUGCCUGAAAAAGAUUAUGCGUAAAGAGGCCGACGCAAUGGCAGUGGAUGGAGGACAGGUGUACACCGCUGGGAAGUGUGGUCUUGUUCCUGCUAUGGUGGAGCAGUACAACGCAGAUCAGUGCGGCAUCCCUGGAGCCAAGGCCUCCUCUUACUACGCUGUCGCCGUGGUAAAGAAGAGUUCAGGGUUGACCUGGAAAACCCUGAAGGGCAAGAGGUCUUGCCACACUGGCGUCGGCAGAACUGCUGGCUGGAACGUCCCCAUGGGUCAAAUACACAAAGAGACUAACGACUGUGACUUCACCAAGUUCUUCAUCAGCGGCUGUGCCCCCGGCUCAGACCCCACCUCUCCGUUCUGUACUCAGUGUGUCGGCAGCGGCAAAACUGCGGAUGAUUCCAAGUGCAAAGCCAGCGCUGAAGAGAAUUACUACGGCUACAAUGGCGCCUUAAGAUGUCUGGUUGAGGAUUCCGGAGACGUUGCCUUCAUCAAACACUCAACCAUACUCGACAACACAGCUGGUAAGAGACGGACACGGACCGGUCCACAUCUAAACUGCGAAUGUGUCAUUUUGUAUAAAACUAUAACAUUCUUGCUACUCUUCUUUGUUAAAGUCAACAAUGAUGAGUACCAGCUGAUCUGUCCGGGGAAGAGUCCAGUGCCAGUCACUGAUUACCUCUCUUGUCACCUGGCUGCUGUGCCCGCCCACGCGGUGGUGACUCGCCCCGACAGCCGCAACGAGGUUGUUCGCAUUCUCAUGGAGCAGCAGGCCGCAUUUGGUGCCACUGUCAGUGAUGCCGCAUUCAGCUUGUUCAAGUCCGAAGGUGGAAAGAACCUCCUCUUCAAGGACUCCACUAAGUGUCUCCAGGUGGUUGAAGCUGGAACAAGCUAUGAAAGCUUUCUGGGACCAGAGUACAUGAAUGCCAUGAGUUCGCUCAGAGAGUGCACGGAAACCACUCCAGGUCUGGAGAAAUCUUGCUCUUUCCAUUCCUGCCAGGAAACAAACUAGUGACCGCCACGGAGCAUGUGGUGCCUCCUCACUCAGCCUGCAGUGAUUCGGGCAGCUUAACCACACUUCACACAUUAAACCGCAAAAUCAUAUUUUCUUACUGAUCUCUCUGUAGACCUGUUUCUAGAAGAACGACCGACAAACAGAUACGUUGCACUACCAUCACUUACAAUCAACUAUCCGGUGACCAAUCACGCCCACAUGAGGCUAUUUUCAUGCCGUUGAAACACAAUGUUACAUUACCUGUGUUAUGGGAUCAACUAUGUUCUGUCAACUCGUGCCUGACUUUUCUCAAAUAAAGCCUUGUUAAUGCUC